AUGUCGGAAUCCACGGAAGAUACUGCCUUGACACCAACUGGCCCCAGUCAGCCCGAGGAAGUGAUUUGCUACGGCUCUUUGUAUGAGGGCCGGGUGGCGCACCGGGGCAAAAAGGUCUCCUUCCAGAAGUUUUGCAAGUCUGCUGGUUCUCUUGAACAGUUUCCUGUGUUACGAAAAGACGACAACUGCUUUACUCUGAAAGACAAGGGAGACAAUGACUUCGCAAUUCUAGAUACUUCAACCACUGCUGCGUUGAACCUGUUGCAAGGGCUGGCGAACCUGAGCUUUUGUGCCAUUCCUCGCCCUGUAACCGGCAACCAGGGCGCGAGUCCUGUGGUUGAAGUCUCAAUAAACAUUUACGGCCCGUUUUCGCAUUACCGCCAGGUCGGUUCUCGGUUGGCUACGCAGAAAUACUACCUCCAGCAUCCAGAUGUUGUUGAGCCUGGAGUACGGUAUGACAACCCUCAAUAUUUUAAGCGGUCUGAUACGCCAAUGGACAUGCACCAGUUCAUCAAGCCUAUUUACCGAGAGAAACAGACUCCACAGUCUGUUCGAGCUGAGAUAGACAGCAUACUCGCUACACUUGACACGAAUUAUUCGGACGGUAAUAUUCUAUCCAAUAGCAAACUGAUAACGCCACUUCUGAAACAUCAAGAAGUUGCCGUCAAUUUUAUCCAUAGGAAGGAGAGUUUCUUGGAACGAUCCCCUUGGUGCCAGGAACUGAGCAACUCAAGGCAACCCCUUGGCGGUAUUAUAGCAGACGCAAUGGGCCUAGGCAAAACCCUGACCAUGAUCAGUGCGAUUUUAUUCUCCCUUGACGAUGCGAACGACUUCAUGGUAUCUGCCGGCAGGUCUGUUACUCAUGAAGGCUAUGCGAUCCCAACCAAAUCAACCCUGGUUGUUGUGCCGUCAACUCAUGUUUGGUUAUCAGAAAUUGAGCGUCACGUCGCUCCCGAUUCGAUGCAUGUUUCUAUUUUCCAUGGCUCUCAAAGGGAGCGUCAGGCAAACAAGUAUCUUAUGUCGGAUAUUGUGCUAACUACAUAUUCCACGCUGGCGGCUGACCAGAAGCUAUUCCAGACCCUGCAUAACCUGAAUUGGUUUCGAAUAAUACUAGAUGAAGCACACUGGAUUCGGAAUUCGAGUAGCAGGCAAUUCCGUGCGAUCAAUCAACUGCAGGGAAGCCGGAGAUGGUGCCUUACUGGGACACCGAUCCAGAACAAGCUUGAGGACCUGUGCGCUCUUAUAACGUUCUUAAAGAUCCCACCAUUCGAACACAAUGCGCAGGCAAAAUUCAAACAGCACAUAAUCGAUCCUCUAUUUUCUGAUACGGAGAGCCCGUCUCGAAACCUGCGGCUACUCCUUCAAUCACUAUGCCUGAGAAGGACUAAACAAGUCGGCCAUAGUGUUACGGUAAAGACUGAACUAGUGACACUAUUAUUGUCGCCAAUGGAGCAGAUGGCAUACAACGAGAUUCUCUAUAAGACGAGACAAGAAAUGGAGGUGCUCGUCAGUAAUGGCCUUGGUAGCAGCAAGUACACCAAGCUUUUUACUGCAAUUCAUAAACUCCGCAUGCUGUGCGUACAAGGCGUGAACACCAAAGGAUCAGAUGCCCGGACACCCUAUCUCUCACCAAUUACAGCGGCCGCAUCCCCUUAUGUUGACAUCUAUUGCGAACUAUGCUACGCAGACGAGUCUCUUGGUCUCAUCAAAGCUGGAAGUGCUUUUUGCCCCGACUGUGGCAGACUACUCUCCAGUACGCAGGGGACGCCGAGAAGUGGAAGCCGUUCUCCGCGACCAGCAAACCCCGUCUCUCCAGCGUCUGAUAGACUGUUACAAUAUUCCUGCAGCAUGGCAGAAUCAGAAACUGCAACUAAACUCACUGCCCUAAUGGAGAACUUGGUACAUCACACUUACGGAUCCAAGAGCAUUGUGUUUACGUUUUGGACGCAGACUCUCGACAUUCUGUGUCCGAAGCUCGAAAGGCGUGGGGUCCACCAGUUCCAAAACUCGCCACAUUUCACAGUUCUUCUCAUGACAUAUGGCACGGGUGCUGUGGGACUGAACCUCACUGCAGCAAACCGAAUUCAUCUUUUGGAGCCGCAGUGGAAUCCAUCUGUCGAGGAACAGGCAAUCGGCCGAGCAGUGCGGCUCGGCCAAGCGAAGGAGGUGACUGUGAUCAGAUAUGUUAUGGAACACACGGUAGAAGAGGUAUGUAUCUCUGACAUUUCCCUGGCGCUUCGCUGA